CGAGCGGAUCGAGCCUCUCAGCUUUGGUUUCCAGUCGCGUCCUGAGCUUUGCGCUGUAGGACGCACGGCUGUCAGCUGAGCAGCGUCUCAUUCUCUCAAAGGGCUACAGACUGAGCGGUGUCACAGUCUUUACGUUCAGUCUCUGAUCGGACAAUUCAUCGGAGCUUGCUUCAGGUUUUCCAUGUUUUUCAGAGCGUCCUGCGUCGUAGCUGCGUUUGUGGAGAUGUUGGAGAUGCUCGCUUCGCCAAAAUGAACACAGACUGCACCAAGCCGUCGGUUGCUCCAAAGCCAAGAUUUGUUUGUCACGCCAACCUGAAGCUACCCCCUCCUCUCAUGUCCUCAACCAGGGGUCCCAAGCCUUCUGUAGCACCAAAACCUAAAGUCAGGCUGGAGUUUAAUGGCAACCGAGACGGAUGCAGUAACGGCAACUUGCUAACUUCAGACAGCGAGGCUGAUGAGGAGCACGAGAUGGAGAAUGGUCUAAACAAAGUGAUUGUAGAUUCGUUGGCAGUGGAUAAACUAUUUAAUGCUAACGUUCUCAGAUCACCUAAAACAGAUGUACCGACUGUGUCGGAGGGGUGGAAGCACGGAGAGGUGACAGAGGAGGAAAAGGAAGAGGAAGAAGAAGAAGAAGAAGAUGUGAUUCAGAACAUGAACGAGGACUGGAGAGUAACUGACAGUGGCCUCACAGAGGAAGCUGAGUCCCUGGAAACAGAUUGGCUCAGUGAUUCUAGACACACAGCUGAGUGUGAGGAGGCGGUGGAGAUGACUGACACAGACGUGACUGAAGACAUGGAUGCUGAAGGUUGUGAUGCAGGCGAGGCGCUGGCUGACACAGAUGGCCUCUCAGUGGGAGCUUUUUCUGUCAAUAGCACUGAUGAGGAGGCAGGCCGUAAUUCUGCUGAAGUCAGAGACAUGAAGAAGAAGCAGCAGAAGUUCCAGAUCAAGGAGGAUGGAAGUACAGCAGAUGAUUUAACAGAGUCUCUUGCAGAUGAACCUGGUCUACUCAACCAAGAUAACAUGAAGGACACUGAUACUCAAGUAGAAGAAAAGGAAGAAGAAUCAGCCUCUGAUUCUGGUUUCACUUGUAACAUCCUGAAGCUAGGGUGCGGCCAUAAGACGAAGGAAAGUGUACAGAACAUUUGUUUUUAUGACCUCAGCCCCGAAGAUCAGGAACAGGUCCGUGCUCCAGCUAAUGAGCCAUUUUACAUCUCUUCAGAGGACAUUAUUAACAGAGAACUGAUGCCAAGGAAUGGCAAAGCUCACAGACUACCAGAGAGUACACUCAAACAAAGGGGUGUUUCCUCCAUAAACGGCAGUGGAGUGUCAGCUGGGAAACACGAGGAAACAGCAGAAAAUGGACAAAUAGAGUAUGUGGGUACUGAGAAUUAUGUGGACGUGUCUCACAUGUAUGGGCAUGGAAGCAACAGUGGUCAUGACAACAAGGUAAGGACACCUUUCAAAACUGAAGGACACAAUGAUCGUGCAGUGGAGGAUGUUUUCAAUCACUUUGACUAUCAGCCCAGAUUCAGGCAGGUCUCCAUGUCAGUGCCAACAGACCCCGACACAUCCCUGACUUCUUCUCUCUCUGAAAGUCAGCUGUUGUCCCCAAACGACUCUGAUGUCUUUGGAGAUGAAGACGAUUUAGAGGGUCACAUUGUGCCAUUUCUGGAUGAUACCACUGACACGGAGCAGGACAUCAGUGAUGAGCAUGUCUACGAGGAGCCAGGGCACAGCUUGGAUAAUGUUUUUCCCUUUGACAGAAGUGCCACUGGGAUUCGAUCUCAUUCUCUGUCACACCGGACCAACAAUAAUGUAGAGGACAGGGGAGUGCAGUAUGUUCGGAAGCCCUACAUGAGUGGAUUUGGUCAGCCUGCACUGAGCAGCAGCCCCAUGUUGAGCUCAGUGCGACACAAGAGCUACUCCAAACCCCACUAUUUGUCCCUGUACCCCCGCUCCCUCUCCAUGGAGGGACAGGACAUGCCUUUGUGCGUCCACAGGGAAGGCUCUCCGAGACAAAGAGGAGCCUUUUGUUCAUCUGAAAGCUUCUCCAGAUGCUCACCUCUGUCAUCCAGUGCCCUAUCCACACCUACCUCGGUGGUGGAUAUCCCUCCUCCAUUUGAACUGGCCUACAUCACCAAGAAGCCCAUUACAAAGAGUUCCCCCUCACUUCUCACAGAGGGAGAUUCAUCAGAGAAAAACAGGAAAAAGAAAUCUUCUAUCAAGCGCUUCCUGAUGCUUAAGUUUAGGUGGAAGUCAGAAAGCAAGCCAGUUGCAGAUCAGGUCAAUUCAUCGUCUUUUCAGUCCCCAGCAGGGUCCAGGCGUCGCACGUCCAGCAGACUGCUGGAUUUAGACCAGCACAGCACAAGUAGUUCUCCACGGCUCAACUCACGCUCAAGUAAACCUCAAGUGCCACCUGAGCCAGCCUCGCCCUUCUUGUUCUACAAGGAGAGCAAAAGGAAAGGGAACUCUGUAGCCUUCCUCACUCGCAGCGUUGUCCGGGUGGAGUCCUUCGAGGACCGCUCUCGUGUGCCUUUCAUACCUCUUCCCCUGACCAAGCCUCGCUCCAUCUCCUUCCCCAACACAGAUACCUCCGACUAUGAGAAUGUCCCUGCCAUCAGCUCAGACUACGAGAACGUUCAGGUCCCACAGCGGAGGCCUGUUCGGCAGCCGCCGUUUACAGACUACUUUGACCGUCCCAGUCGGGUGCUGUCCUCUGCCAAUGAGACAGACGGCUAUGUGGACAUGAGCAGCCUCCCUGGUUUUGAGAAGAAACUUCAGUCACUUGAGCAGGAAACAGAAAGCGCCUAUACAGAAGCCUACAAUGUUUGCUUGGUGGCUGCUGGUCCACAGAGUGGUUCAGGGGCUGAUGUUGGGGGUGAGAGCGCGGGUGAGGAAGACCAAGGACGCACCUCUGAGGAGGAAGAGGGAGGAUUAGACAACAACUAUGACAGACAGCCUGACGGUCGAUCCAGAGCCUUUUACGUCGUGAAAGAGCUGGCGGAUACAGAGAGACUACAUGUGAAAGCCCUAAAGCUGCUCCAGGAAGACUUCCGGGAAACUGUGGGGUCGACGGUCGGAGAUGAUGGGGAACCUGUGUUGGAUGAUGAAAGACUCAGAGAAAUUCUCAACGAGCUGCCAGAUGUUUACGCCCUGCACCGUACAAUCCUCACUGAGCUGGAGAAUCGAAUUCGGCACUGGGAGGAGAGCCAGAGGAUUGCAGACAUAUUCCUCUCCAGGAAAUCAGAGUUCUUGGUCUUCACCACUUACAUCGGACACUACGAUCGAAGCAUGAGCUUACUGGAGGACAGCUGCCGAACUUCACCUGCCUUUGCAGCCAUCGUUCAACAGUUUGAGGAGCGGAGUCCAGCCAGGGAAAAGGUUUCUUUUAAGUAUCAGCUCUUGCAGGUCAUCGUGCGUGUGGCUCAGUAUCGCAUGCUCCUAACUGAUUACCUGAACAACCUCUCCCCGGAUUCAAAGGAAUACGAAGACACCCAAGCUGCUGUAGCGAUCGUAUCUGACAUAGCAGAUCAAGUGAACGACAGCUUAAAACACGGGGAGAACUUGUUGCGUCUGGUCAACAUAGAGUACAGUGUUCGUGGCCAACGGGACCUGCUUCAGCCUGGCAGGGUUUUUGUGAAGGAGGGUACCCUGAUGAAGGUCAGCAGAAAGAGUCGACAGCCACGCCAUCUGUUUUUGAUGAACGAUGUACUGCUCUACACCUACCCCCAGCAGGAUGGUAAAUACAGGCUGAAGAACAACCUGCCCCUCGCUGAAUUGAAGGUCAGUAAACCCAUUAUAGAAAACGUCCAAAAUGCACUGAAGAUAGAGGGAGCAGACAUCUCCAUUACUUUGACUGCAAGUUCUUUCAUUGAAAGAGAGGACUGGUUUUACACCCUGAACCGCGCUGUGGCUGAACACACGAGAGGCUCCGCAGUAUUCAACAGUUGCUCUGGAGAAGCCAGAGAUCGCCUUCGGUUGUCUCUGGGGGAGAAAGCUCCGACACUUGUUCCUGUGUCACAAGUGAUGAUGUGCAUGAACUGCACCUCGGAUUUCAGCCUCACCCUUCGCAGACAUCACUGCCAUGGCUGCGGAAGAAUCGUAUGUCGGAGCUGCUCCAGGAACAGGUAUCCUCUCAAGUACAUGAAAGACCGCAUGGCCAAAGUGUGCGAUCACUGUUACAAUGAGCUCAAAAAGAGAGGAGGAGACGUGUCUGUGCUGUCAGGUCAGAGCAGCCCGCGGACGAACCGCUCCAGUCGACCACUCUCAUCUGUGUUCCAAAACAUUCAUCCUCCCAAUAUUUGGAGACAUCGGAAAGGCACAUUGUCCUUCAACCAGGUGACAUUGUCAGAGGAAGGCUCCAUUAGUGGCAGUCUACAGCGCAGCAAGAAGAGCAAAAGGAACUGGAAGAGACUGUGGUUCCUUCUCAAAGACAAGGUGCUUUACACCUACAGAGCCCAAGAGGAGAAGGUAGCGUCAGAGAGUUUGCCUCUCUUGGGUUUCACAGUGAAGCUUCCUGACAGGCAUGAGAGAGACGUCUUCCAGCUUUACCACAAAAACACUCUGUAUUACAGUUUUAAAGCUGAAGAUAACUACACAGCACAGAGAUGGGCAAAUGCCAUGGAGGAAGCCACAGUUCUAUAGAAUCUGCCAUUCUGGUGACGUCCGUCCUGCUAUAAACGUCUGUCCCUACAAAGAUGACUGACUGUGAAACCAAAACGACAAGAAUGGGAAUAAACAGUUGCAAGUUGUAACUUGCCUAGAUGGAGGGAAGAAAAGAAGACACUGUGUUCUCUGAGAAGGGACAUGAUUGCCUACUUAGCCAAACUCCAGCGCCUCCUUCACUGGUAUAGCAGGUGGGAUGCCGAGAGCCAUGAGAGGUGUUGGCCCAGAUACCUGCCAGUUUGGAACAAUUAUGCUGAUGCGACCCGUAUUUAUCCCAGCAGCUGAUCAGCAUCACUUCCUCCAAAUCACAGCAAACACUGUGGAUUAUUUUCACAUUCUGGAAAAGAAAGAAUGCAUUAUUUAAGAAAUAUACAGCAGAUAAGACAGCAAGACAUUGUCAACUUCCAGACGUUUACAUCGAGACUCAAAAAAAGACUGGACACAUCUCAGUGUCACUCAGAAAUGUCCAAAUCUGGAAUAGCCUGAAUUAGUUAUGCCUUCAUCUCAACAUGUGUCCCUGCACUGGUUAUAAGCAUCACCAUGAUUAACACUUUGAAGCACAGGCCAUAUCAAAAAGAAAAAUGAUUUCAUACAUAUUAUAGGUUUCUAAUGCUUUGCCUUGUACUUUAUUGUUAGAGCCAGUCCUCCCACUGAAUGAGUAGCUUCUAUGCUUUUUGCACGGAUACAAAAAAUUAUGAAACCUGAAACAUAAAUAUGAGUGUACCUUUGUCAUGGAGACCAAAAGCUACAGCUACUGUGCUUAUUUACUUAGUACUGGGUGAAUGUGGAUGAGUAUGUCUUUAUUAUUUUAAAUUCCUAAAAUAUGCAUAGUGUAAAUUCAUAUUUGUAUAAAGAACUCCUGACUGAAAUGAGUCACUGAUCUGCAUAAUCAGUGUGUUUGUACUGUACUUUAUUAGAUUUAUAUACUGUAAUUUUAAAAGAGUAAAAGGGGCUAUGAUGAUGCGAACACUCUGCAUCCGUCUUCUUCUUCUUUUGAUUCCCCUCAUGUCCUCUAGAUGGCAGGUGGACUAAACGUUAAAGUACAACAGGCUGUCAUUGACUUCCUGUCACUGUGUCCUUGCUGAUGGAGUUCAGACAUUAAUAAUGGAAAAUUACUAUGCUGCUGAAGCCUUUGCUCUCCAUUUGUGGCACCCCCUAGAUGUGCACACUGCGUCCGUGCUGACCCAUGUGUGGCCCAUUCUGUUGGAAAACCGAGCUGGCGAAUAUUUCGGAUCACACGCAGCUCAGUUGCUCUGAUAAGACACUGGAGACUGUGUGAUACGCAGACCCAUGUGCUGUGUGGCCAAAGAAAGGCCAGGCCGCUCUGCUUCUCGUCUCCCCCCGAGGCUUCCUGACCCAGAAUAAUAUCAGGCAGAAAGUUUGCUUUCUGGGGCUCCUGAAAAGUUGCAGACACCUCGUCCUAUAUAGAGGACAGAUCAUUCAUCACCCUCUCUAGCCCCAGAUCUGGUUCCUCCCUCCGUGUGUUGCUUAUAUGAGACAUCUUAGUUGGGUUAGCUGUGCCUACGUCGCAUUUGGUUCAUUUUGAUCAUACAAAUUUCUUCUUUGUGGGAGUCAAAAAUGAACUUGAUUUCAUCUUUUAAACAACUUUAAAUCCAAGUGGCUGCCAAACACCAAGAACAAGCAGGUAUCGGUUUAUUUGAAUGUGAGUGUCGUCCGUUAAAUUUUCCAUAUGCAAAACACAUCUUUCAUGUUUGUCUUUUAACCGAACUUCUGAUCAUGACAUUUUCUGGAAAAAGGAAAUUGCUGACUUUUGCUUGUAGAUGAGUGCAUUGAACCAAAACUGCAACGUCCAGUUGCACUUCUAAUGCUUCUCUGAGCUAAUUAAUUAAAAGCACAAAUGAUGACAGCUUGCUGUUGGCUUAGCGCUGGAGUGUUCUCUUAUGGCUUCACUGUAACACUGUCAUGAUCCAUUCUUACUUGCACAUCGCUGCAGGCAGGAGCAUCGCAGAGAGAAGCAAAUAAUCAAUCAUACACACAGCCUACUCAAUAAAGUCAGAUGCAUUCAGCUCUGUUAUAUAUGCUCAGCCUCAGCAGCAAAUUAUUAACAACUGACGCUAAAAAAGUGAAAUGUGAGCUGAAGUUCAUCAUCUUUUGGCUUAUUCCACCCACGAUGCACUGACAACACAACUGUGUGAGCAGGACUUUAUUAAAUGACAAACUGAU